GUUCAUCUGUAAAGUACAUUCAAACACCAACAACACCUGGAAUAAAUGGCGCCAUUAUCUAACAAUUAGAAAAUUUCUAUAACUGAAAAAAAUGCCAAGAACAAAAAAUCAUGUUGACGAUGAAAUGCCUUCAGGGUCUCAGAUGGCAGCCUCUCAAUCCAUGACACAAUCAAUGACCCAGGCAGAAAAGGCUGCACAGAACAUGGACCCUGCAGAACAAGAGAAGAGAUUAAAUGACCUGGUGCAGUACCUACUGAUCAUGGAUCAAAAGAAAAUUCCAAUUAAAAAAAUAGAUAUCAAUAAGCAGGUACUGAAAGAAUUCAGCAAAACAUUCCCAUACAUGAUUAAAAAGGCUGGAGAAAAGCUGCUUAAAGUAUUUGGUAUAGAACUGAUACAGUUGGAGGACAAGCUGAAGGGAACCUACAUGUUAGUAAAUAGAAUCGAUACAGAUGUAGAUGAGUUAGAAGAGGCAGGACAUGGGCAUAUCUUAACACCCAUGCAAUGGCCAGAAGAAGAUAAUUCAAAGACUGGAUUACUACUGGUGGUGUUAAGCUUGGUUUUUAUGAAUGGUGAAGUGAUGCAAGACACUCAUUUAUGGCACACUCUUAGGAAGCUAGGAAUUGAUCAAGAUAUGCCACAUGAGGUAUUUGGUGACACAAAGAAACUGUUGACACAAGAGUUUGUGAGACAGGGAUAUAUUGAGUACAUCAGACAGCCAAACACAGACCCAGCAGUAUAUGACUUUAGAUGGGGACAGAGAGCUAGACAUGAAAUAUCUAAAAGAACAUGUUUAAAUUUUGUUUGCCAGUUGUAUGAUGAUAGAGACCCAGAGCAAUGGACCUCUCAGUAUGCUGCUGUACUAGAAGAUGAAGGAGUUCAAAAUGGGGGUCAGACAUGAUAACUCAAAAGUUCAGUAUCUCAAGGGAGGUUACUCUGUGAUGAAAAUUUGUGCCAAAAUGGUCAGUCAGACUAAAAACUGUUCAGAAAGCUGUCUGGUUUCAUAAGGAGAAGAAAAGAAACAGACUAUUUUAAUGAAGUUGUAAUGACAGUUAUUGCUCCAUAUGGUAUUGGAGGAGUUUUUAACAUGUUUAUUUUCUUGGAGGAGUUUUUAACAUGUUUUAUAUGUUCAGAAUAAAGAAGCAAGUUACAUUUA